CCUAUUCUCAAUCGCCCUAUUGACUGGAUCUUAUUCUGCUAUUUUGUCUCUCACAUUCCAAUUACGAUCUUGUUCGAUCUACAACCUCUUUAUCCCGAAUGGCUCAUUCCAGACAUGUUGAAACAAAUCAGUUACUCAUACGUUCAACUUACACAUGAUCCUUUCAUGGAUGUUUCGAGGCCUGUCAUGUAUUGGUUUAAAAGUUUCUCAAUUUGUGAAGCAGUUUUGCAGUUGCCCUUUUUCUUUUUUGCUGCCUAUGGUGUCUUUAGAAACAAAGAAUGGAUUCGUUUACCUAUUGCCGUCUACGGUGCUCAUGUGAUGACAACUGUUAUUCCUUGUUUGGCGGAAAUCUAUUUGAACCAAAAGCUCUUUGAUUUAAGUGAUUUACAAAGAAAUAUGUUACUGUGUCUUUACUUUCCUUACUUUCUGAUUCCACUUGUUGGAUUAGUUGAUUCUUUCAUUCGUAUUCAGAAAAAGAUU